GAAAUUGUGCAGGAAAAAGCAACAAAUCUACCAUGAUAACCAUCGUCAUUACCGUUCCUAUUGGAGGUGUUAUUGUCCUUGUCUUUCUCAUAUGUUGUUUGCUUCGAAGAAAGGGAAAGAAGACACAUGAAGUUGUCAAAGGAAAAGAUGGUGCAAAUGAACUUACCACCGUGGAGUCCUUGCAAUUUGACUUGGCUACAAUACAAGCAGCAACAAAUGAUUUCUCUCCUGAAAACAAGUUGGGUGAAGGUGGAUUUGGUGAAGUUUUCCAGGGUAGACUUCCGGAUGGACAACAAAUCGCGGUGAAGAGGCUAUCUCGAAGUUCUAGACAAGGUGAUGAAGAAUUCAAAAAUGAAGUUCUAUUAGUUGCGAAGCUUCAACACAGAAAUCUUGUACGACUGCUCGGAUUUUGCUUGGAGGGAGAUGAAAAACUACUCACCUACGAGUUUGUGCCAAAUAAAAGCCUUGAUUACUUCUUAUUUGAUCCCCAAAAAAGUAGUCAAUUGAAUUGGUCAUUACGAUAUAAAAUAGUAUCUGGGAUCGCUCGAGGAAUGCUCUAUCUACACGAAGAUUCUCGUCUCCGGAUCAUCCACCGUGACCUAAAAUGUAGCAAUGUCUUGUUAGACAGUGAAAUGAACCCAAAGAUUUCAGAUUUUGGCAUGGCAAGGAUUUUUGGAGUUGAUCAAACUCAAGCUAGCACAAAUAAAAUCGUGGGGACCUUUGGUUACAUGUCUCUAGAAUAUGCAAUGCAUGGAAAGUUCUCGGUGAAAUCUGAUGUUUAUAGUUUUGGCAUACUGCUUAUAGAGAUCAUUUGCGGCAAGAAGAAUAACUUCUACCACCAAUUGGAUGGGGGAGAAUAUCUUGCUAGUUAUGUAUGGAAUAAAUGGAGGGAUGGCAUGCCCUUGAAAGUGUUGGACCCGGCUAUCAUGGAUUCUUAUUCAAGAGAUGAAGUCCUUCGUUGCUUGCACAUUGGCUUACUAUGCAUUCAGGAAGAUCCAGCUAUUAGACCCACCAUGGCAACCGUAGUUCUCAUGCUCAACAGCAUUACUUUCAACCCGCCAUUGCCUCGACAUCCAGCCUUCUUCAUCCGAAGUAGAUCGGGGGGACUAAGCAUCCCAAUGAAAGAGCUUGGAUUGAAUCAAUCUACUAGUAGGACCAUGCCUUCAUCAACCAAUGAUAUGUCGGUUACUGAAUUGUACCCUCGGUGAAUGGCUACAUAAGUGAAAAUUAUUCUUCUUAGAUGGAUUCAUGGUGAGAUUGCUUGGCCUUCCACCGUGAUUUUUUAUGAUCCAU